GGGACGGAGGCAGAAACGGCCAGACUAGGUCCCCGCCACCAUGUCCACAACUUGUUGCUUCCAGUCCGGUCGUCGGAUCCUGGUGAAGGCAGGUCGAGGAGAAACGUUCGUGAAGAUAGAAAAUGACAGAGCGAGCAAGAAGCUUCCAGCCAUUUCCUAGGAUCACCAGCGGAGGUCUUCCGGCUGGACCCUUGCUUCUGCUGAUUGGUUAGAGUUUGCCACCACGUGACCCAGGCUCGUUUCAGCCGCUGCUUUCCCCGCCCCCUUCAUCCCUUUCCCCACCCGGAGGUCGCAGGAAGCGGAGGGCGGGUUUCCUAGGCAACCGCAGCUAGCAGUGUGUACACACCAGGCCCGGAGCUAGCGAGGGUGUGGUGCCUGCUGCUCCAAGACAGAUAUCAGGAGGUUGAAGUGGGCUUUGAGCGGUCUCGGGUUGCCCCAGCAUCCAUCCUCUCCAGGAUAGGAUAUAUUAUUAUGACCAUUACUUUUAGUGGAAGAUGACUGAAUGUGAAAACCUAAACCACGAAGAAAUAAUUAAAGAACUGUGUUUAUGCAAUGGUUUAUCUUAUGAGGCUAUUGGACAAGAAGGAUCAGAUAUUUUAAAACUGGAGAUGUUUUUCUCAGGGUAUCCCCGUAUAGUUGGAUUAUCACUAUUUCCUAAUUUAACAAGUCUCACAAUAAUUGCUCAAGAUAUAAAAGAAAUUUCAGGGUUAGAGACUUGUGCACUACUUAAAGAACUUUGGAUUGCUGAAUGCUGUAUAGAGAAAAUUGGAGGUCUUCAAGAAUGUAGAAAUUUGGAAAAAUUAUAUUUAUAUUUUAACAAAAUUUCAAAAAUAGAAAAUUUAGAGAAAUUAACCAAAUUGGAGGUCCUUUGGCUGAACCACAAUGCAAUUAGAAAUGUUGAGGGCUUGCAAACUUUGACGAACUUAAAUGAUCUCAACCUUGCUGGAAAUCUAAUAAGCAGCAUUGGUCGAUGUCUUGACCCCAAUGAACACCUGGAAAGAUUAAACCUUUCUGGUAACCAAAUAUGUUCUUUCAAGGACCUCACUAACUUAACCAGGCUGCAUUGCUUAAAGGAUUUGUGUCUGAAUGAUCCUCAGUAUAAAACCAAUCCAGUUUGUCUGCUGUGUAAUUAUUCCACACAUGUUUUGUAUCACUUGCCUUGCCUUCAAAGACUUGACACAUUUGAUGUGUCAGCAAAGCAAAUCAAGGAACUGGCAGAUACCACUUCAAUGAAAAAAAUAAUGUAUUACAAUAUGCGUGUAAAAACUGUUCAGAGGCAUCUUAAUGAAGACCUUGAAAAACUGAAUGAAAGAAAAUGCAAACUUCAAAAGUUGCCAGAAGAACGAAUAAAACUAUUCAGUUUUGCUAAAAAAAAUCUGGAACGAGAAUUGGCUGAAAUCAAGGGAUCUGGCAAAGGACACGGUGAUAGAUCCAAUAACAGUAAAGUGUCUGUACUUGAAAAAUCAAAGAAUUGUGAAACUGUUGAAGAAGAACCAAGUUUUCAAAAGAAGAUAAUGACAAAACUAAAUGCCUUGAAUGAAAGGGUAACAUUCUGGAACAAAAAACUAGAUGAAAUUGAAGCAAUUUAUCGUAUUGAAGUAAAGCAAAAGAAGAAAAGUCAUGGCUUAUUGAUCCCAUUUUUAUUAAUUGAGUUGGAGACUGUGGGAAAUAUCCAUUUUGAAGAAGGCACUCGAUCUGAUGACUGGUUUAAUUCCUGCUAUGAAUUAAUUCUAUCCCGUUUUUGUACAUGGGACUUCAAAACAUAUGGUAUUACGGGAGUGAAAGUAAAACGUGUCAUUAAAGUUAAUAACCGUAUUCUGAGAUUAAAAUUUGAGGAGAAAUUCCAAAAGUUUUUGGAAAAUGAAGAUAUUCAUGAUUCAGAGAGCUAUCGAAAGAUGCUGGAAUGUCUUUUUUAUGUUUUUGAUCCCGAAGUUACAGUGAAGAAAAAACAUCUGCUACAAAUACUUGAAAAAGGAUUCAAAGAGAGCGAAACAAGCAAGCUGCCUCUCAGAAAAGAAGCUGUUAUUCUUGCUAACAGCCUAAGUCUGUGUGAGUGUCCCAGAAUUGAAUUUCUACAGCAAAAGUCCAAGGAUGAGAAGAAAAACUCUUUUGAGCAUGAACUCUUCAGACAUGGUAUCCUCCUCAUCACGAAGGUUUUCCUUGGUCAGAGUGUUCAGGCUCAUGAACAAGACUCCAUCAGCCAAGCCAACUAUCCAAUGGUUAAUUCAGUGUGCAUUCCACAGGAAUAUUUGCUAAAUUCUAUCAUGGGACAAAGAAAUUGUGAUUGUGGCUUUCGGCAGUGCAAGUGGUUUGUCUUCGAUCAUGAUCUUGUUUUGCCAGAAUACAUCGUUGAAUUUGAGUAUAUUACAAUGGUCAAGGCUCACUCUUUGUUUUCUUCAUUCAACAAUAUUAUUCUAGAAGACAGCAAAAAAGAUUCAGAAAGAUCGAUAUUGUCCCAGGAUUUGAAAUUUGAUGAUGAAGUUCUGAAAAUGGAGCCCAGGAUCAAGCCCAGACCAAAACUUAUUAGUUUGGAUGAUAAAACAAUACUUUCUCUUGCCAAGACUAACAUUUACAGUCAUAUUGUGAGUUUGAACCUACAUGGAAACAGCUUGAGUAAACUGAGAGACCUCUCCAAAUUAACAGGACUUCGAAAGCUUAAUAUCAGCUUUAAUGAAUUUACAUGUUUAGAUGAUGUGUACCAUUUGUGUAACCUUGAAUAUCUGGAUGCAAGUCAUAAUCAUGUGAUAACCCUUGAGGGAUUUAGAGGUCUGAUGAAACUGAAGCACUUAGAUUUGAGCUGGAAUCAACUGAAAAAAUCUGGUGAUGAGAUAAAUAUCUUAUACAAACACACCACAAACCUCCUCACUCUUGAUAUUCAACAUAAUCCAUGGCAAAAGCCAGCCACAUUGAGGCUGAGUGUUAUUGGCAGAUUAAAGACUCUUACUCAUUUAGAUGGACUCCUCAUUUCUGAAGAAGAGGCAGUUGCAGCUAUGAAAUUUAUUACUGGAACAAAAAUUACUGAGUUAUCUCUCUUACGGCAUUCUAGUACUAAAGAGGAGAGACCACGGAUACUUAGUAUAUGGCCUUCUGCCAAAAUUCUGACACAGAUUUCAAAAUUAGGACCACAUUCACAUCUGGGUGUAAACUGGUACUUGAAGAUAACUGCCUUAAAUUUAGAUGGGCAACAUCUCUUUGAAAUCACGAAUUUAGAAAAAUUGGAAAAUUUGAAAUGGGCAUCAUUUAGCAACAAUAAUCUCACUAAAAUGGAAGGUUUAGAAUCCUGUAUUAAAUUGGAAGAGCUCACAUUAGAUGGAAACUGCAUCUCAAAGAUAGAAGGCAUUUCAAAGAUGACUAAAUUAACCCGCCUCAGCAUGAAUAAUAAUCUUCUCACUGGUUUGGAAAAGCAUACUUUUGAUAACAUGCUUCAUCUUCACUCCCUUUCUCUUGAGAACAACAGAAUCACUUCACUGAGUGGUUUACAAAAAGUUUUUACUCUAAUUGAAUUAUACAUAAGCAAUAACUAUAUUGCUAUCAAUCAGGAAAUCUGCAAUUUAAAGGGUUUAUCCAACCUGGUCAUUCUAGAUAUGUAUGGAAAUAUUGUUGUAUGGAAUCAAGAAAACUACCGGUUGUUUGUAAUAUUUCAUCUUCCAGAACUGAAAGCUUUGGAUGGAAUCUCAAUUGAACCAGCAGAGACUGAGUGUGCAAAAGAUUUGUUUGGUGGCAGACUUACUUCUGACAUGAUUUCAGAAAGACAAGGACAUUCAAACUUCACCCAAAUGCAAGAACUAAAUUGGACUUCAUCAUCCAUCAGAACUGUGGAUUUGAUUCCAGUUGAUCAAUUUAGAAAUGUGUGUAAUGUGAAUCUACAAAACAAUAAUCUUACUUCAUUCGGUGGAUUAAUUUACCUGCCUAAUGUGAAGGUAUUAUGCCUCAACUAUAAUCAUAUUGAAUCCAUCAUGCCCAGAAUAAAGCCUCAGACUCACUUAACAUGCAGGCAACUACUCUAUCAGAAGGUGCCGUCAAGUGGCUAUGGGCAGCAAGGAACUUCAAAGAUAAACAGAGACAUAAUGAGCAGUGAAAAUUUGCCUCCAGUAAUGCACAGCUUAGAAGUUCUUCAUUUGGGCUACAAUGGAAUUUGUAAUUUAAUUCAGCUACAACUUAACAGACUUAGAAAUUUAAAAUUCCUCUUUCUACAGGGGAAUGAAAUCAGUCAAAUUGAAGGGCUUGACAAUUUAGUAGUUCUUCAGGAAUUGGUAGUGGACCAUAACCACAUCAGAGCAUUUAAUGAUAGUGCCUUUGCCAAACCAAGCUCUCUGUUGGCACUUCACCUGGAGGAAAACAGACUACGGGAGCUGAGCAAAUUACAACCUCUGGUAAAACUAGAGAAACUCUUCCUAGGAUAUAAUAAAAUCCAGGAUAUGGCAGAACUGGAAAAACUUGAUGUUAUCUCUUCUCUGAGAGAGCUUACAGUUUAUGGCAAUCCAAUUUGUAGAAAAAUGCUACAUCGACAUGUGCUUAUAUUUCGGCUGCCUAAUUUACAGAUGUUAGAUGGAAUCCCUGUGAAUUCAGAUGAUAGGGCAAAAGCUGAAUUUCACUUCUCUGAACUACAAGCAAAGAAGAAUUCGUUUAUUACUGUUACCAACUCUCCUGUGGAUAGUGGAUCAUUUGGCCAUGUGAAAGCUCCUCCCAUAAAGAUAACAAAUGUAAUUCUGCCUGGUGGAUUUAGCCAUUUCUUGGGAUCUGACUUCGCUUUAAAUCCUGAAGUUGAAGACAAAAAAAACAAGAAUGCAGGGAUUCUGACAAAUAAUCCUCGGAGCAUCCAUGCAGAAAUAGCUUUUCGGCAACUCAGAGGGAUAAAUAUCUCUCCAUCUCUUUUAUCACAACCAAAUAUCACAUCUCAAACUGCUCAUGUGUACCAGGGCAGUCAAGAUGAGGAGAGAAUGUCUGGCAACAACUUUCCCAGAUCAAAUCGAAUGUAACUGCCUAACAUCAAAUGAACAUACACCAAGAAAUCUUCUGUUUAGUAGUUGUGCAAAAACUAGCAGACAGUGGUGGGUGAAAAAAAAAAAUGAGUAAGAUAAUCAUGUUACUUACAUUAUUGAAACAUUUCAGCUCCAUGUGAAGAUAAUCUCUAUCAACUUUGGUGAAUUUUAUGUAACCUUGUCUCUCUUAAACUGUCUUUAUGGUAAUCCUAAUUAAUCUUUUGAAUUUCUGUAUCAGAGAAAUCAUGAACUAAUAUAUCACACAACAAUUUGAAAAGAUAAAAGUGACAUAAAACGAAGUCCAGAGAAUCAAAUACUUAGUUUGGUAUUGGAACAUUUAGUUGUAAAAUCUCAUUAUGGCUUGACAUAUGGAGAUUUGAAGUGGAUGGAAUCUUAGAAAUUAAGCGUAAUUUUAUUUGUAGAAUAUCUAGUCAUCUGGGGUUACAUAAAACUAAACCAUACACCUCUUACCAAACACAACUAUUGCUAAAGCAAGAUGAUUUUUGCCAGUUGAACUACAAAUUAGAUUUUUAGGACCCUCAAACCAGGUGAGCCCUUAAAAUUGUUUAGAGAUGCAAAUUGUGGCAUCAGGAGUAGCUUCUGAAUUGGGCUAACUGUGGAUGAAAUAAGUUAUUCAUGCUCUAAGAAAAAGAAAGAGACUGAUUUCAUAUACAAAUAGUUAAUUGUGUCCACAGUGACAUAAUUUUACAAGUAGUUUUAGGCUGAAAAAAACAUAUUCAAAAUGGGUGGACACAUUUAAAGUUUUGACCUUUAAUAUAUUUCACUUGAAAUGAUUUUACUAAACUGUAUAUUGCAUAGUACUAGGACAUAUCGCAAAUCAAUAAAAUAUGGUUUUGAAUUUCCUUGGUUAUUUGUUAAAUACAGUUCUAUAAAUUGAUGAGCAUAUUUUGAUUUAAAAGGGCUCCACGUUUCAUGACACGCACUAUUUAAAAUUUUCAAGUAUUGGUUCAGCAGUGCAUGUAGGUUUCAUACUAUUUAUAUGUUCCUUACAUGAAAAUAAAUUAUUUUCACUAAAAUAUUUGUACUUUAUAAUCUCUUUGGAAAUUGUUUUGAAGAUAUUUUGGGAACUGUGUAAUUCCAAUAUGUAUGCAACAGAAUUGUAUUUUUUCUUCUUUAAAUGCUGUAUGUUUGUAAUUUAAUCAUGUAAUAUUUAAAAUUUCAAGCCGAAUUACAGAUUGAUUUUUUGGUACUUAAUGUGUGGUUUUUAAACUAUCAUAACUAGGUGGGAAUAAGAUCCUUUGUUCAAAAAACAGCUAUGCAGUUCUUAACAUGUCCAGAAGAUGUCUUUGUUGCCCUUCAGUUUUUACACUUGAUUUCACUUCAGUGCUGUGAUAGAGUACCCUUCAAUAUUUGUUACUAAGUUAGCAUCAUCUGCUUUUUUUCCUUUUAUAAUUAAGCACAAAUGAUAUACUGAAUAUGUGUUAUUUUAAUAGUAAAAGGUGUCUUUUGAAAUAAUAAAUUAGAUGGGAAAAAUUAAUGCAAUAAAUUUUAAUUGGAGAAAAAUUUUCAAGAAUAGAAAAGUAUGACACAAAGAAA